AGCAAUUGGUGGACCAAAGGUAUUAUGAUGUCUCUUAAUAAAACGUGUAUUUAUGUUACCGUUUUAAUUAGGUGCAGAUAAAACGUGUAAGAAAAAAAUGGAUGUAGGGGGAUAUAAUUUUUUAGAGAAGAUAUAAAAACAAAACAUGUUGCAGUUAGUGUGUAUCGAUGCUAGCAAGCAUAGUAGGAAAGCUUUUGAUUGGUAUUGCGAUCACAUUCACAGAAAGGGCGUUAAAGUUGGCUUAGUGCAUGCGCACGAAGUUCCAGCAAUGCCAGUGGUUGGAAUUUAUGAUAAUGGUUUCUUUCUUGACGACAGCUAUGAAAGUUCCCUUCAAGAAAGUGCUAAAGAAAGUAAAAAAUUAAUUGAAGACUACGAAAAACUGUGUAAGGAGAGAGGGAUCGAAACAAUGGUGUUUUUACGCAAUAGCCAAGGCUCACCAGGCGAAACGAUUUGCAAUGUUGUCAGACAGAGUAAGGCAUCGAUGGUUGUGAUUGGUCAACGUGGUUUGGGCGUGAUCCGUCGAACUUUGAUGGGGAGUGUGAGUGAUUACGUUCUUCACCAUUCAAAUGUUCCAACUCUGGUGAUUCCCUCAAAAAAGAAGUAGACAUUAAGAUGUGUCUGGUUAAAUUUUCAUUUGGAUUUUGCCUUAAAUUUUGUCUCUGAGCUGGAAAAUACAACCUCAUGUUUUUCUAUAAAAAUCAUUUUACUAGCCAAAUAGUAAUAGAAUUUGUUGUGUUUUUUUAACAGUAGACACAAAUAUUAACACCCUUUUGCCGUUGUUGUGUUCCACAACCUUUCAUUCUUGUAAAUACAAAAAUAGGAUGUUCAACUCUCGUAUAUGUUGGCUCAAUUUCUUUUUAGUUUUAUUUCUGACUACAUUCUAGUUUUUCUCUUUAAACCUUUGAUGUGUACAGAUAUUAUUUAUGUGAAAUUUAAAGAACGUGUAGGAGGGUAAAGUUGUUUUUAUUCCUUCAGUUAAUAAUUUAGAAAUAAAUAUAUUAUUAUUGUCUUGUUUGUUAUUUUUUAAUACAUUAUUUGCAACUAGAUUUUUUAAUAUUUCUAAAAAUAAAAACUAACAAUAAAAUAAGAUUUAGAAGAGAGAAGAGAGAUUAAUUUAAAAACCUACGAAACUAAAACUACAUUCUUUCAAAAAAACCAACAGUGUUUUGGGGUCAAAUGCUGAUGUCAAAGACCAUUUUUAAUGUCUGGAUUUAAUAUAAAUAAUUUUUCAAAAUCUGAAAAUCUUAGCAGCCUACCUUUCAAUACAAAGUAAUCGUGUUUAUAGAUUCAAAUUAUUUCGUGUUUACAUUUAUAUUUAUUUGUUAUUCUUUGUAUAUAUACAUAUAAUGACAGGAUUUGUUAAAUGUUUACAGAGUAAUCUUUAGAAACUAUAUGGAAUAUCAAAUAUUAAUUAAUAUUAUAGACACACUUCUGGAAGUGAGAAGUUUAGUUUGUUUAGUUAGUUCUAAUGACCACGACAACUAAAUAGUGGUCACAUUUACACUAAUUUUAUGCUUAAAAGAGCUUUUUCGCUGAAUUUAGAGAGAAUGUGCAACACUAGCACCAUUUUACACAGCGGACAAACGAGUCCAAAGCCUAAUCUCCACUGGACGAUAUUCGCGACGAUUUUUGUGACGAAAAGUAGAAACCAAUUGAACUUUUCGUCAGGACGAAAACCGCGACCAAUCAAAUUCGAGUAUUUAUGACGAUCGUCGUAAAAAUCGUCCCGUGGAGACUCGCCCUUACAGUGUUGUGUAUCACAUAUAACUUGUAUGACUUAUAUAGUUAUAUACUUUUUUAUGCAGUUUAAGUAUCUAUAGAAGAAUUUUAUUGUCAUCUAUUUUCAGGGUAAACAUGGGUUCAGUUCA